GUGUUAAUUUUUUGAAACAUUGAUACGACCAUGAAUAAGAAGGGUGACUCGAAUAAGGUCUCUCGUAAUUCACAGGUAGACAAUCAAGAUGUUAAGGGGUGUCAGCAUUCAUCUCUGACAGUUGAAACAGAGAAUGUGAACCAAGAGAGUUUCAUUCGACAGAAAAUUGUUGAAGCUAGAGACAAAUUGGAAAAGCAGAAACAAGACAAUCGGAAGAAAGAGUUGGAUCUUCUUAUGAUCAAAAGUAUUCAAAAUACAAAUCUGUUAGCCAACCUCACUAUUGGCGAUUCAAUUGAUUUCAGCAAGAUGAUAGAUGAGAAAAUUAAGGAGAUUGAUGCUAAGAUUGCUUCACUCAAUUGACCAAAUGUUAUUUGAAAGUAUUUAUCAUGAUUAUGAAUAAA